CGGGGCCGCGGGGCUUUCCGGGACCCGGGCGAGGGCGCCACUUCUGCUGCCUGGAAGAGCGAGCCCACGCGCCGACGGUGCAGGGAGGCGUCCCAGAGGAAAGCAAAAAGCUCUUUCUCCUGACUUACCAAAAACUAAAAUACUGACUACUAUCACUGUGCUGAGAUUCCUAGUCUCAGGAACUGAAGUCUUUAAACAACCAGGGGACCCUCUGCCCCUAGAGUAAGAACAUAUUAGAAAUCCCCUCUGCUAGCACAAGGAGGUGCUGGCGACAUGGUGAACCAAAGAGAACCAAACAAUACCUGGCCUCCAGAACGAAAUACUGAUUCACAAAACAGGCCACCGGUGGGCUUUUAAACCACAAACCAGUGAGCUUGACAGCAACUGUGCACCAACUUCUAGAGGAGAUUUAGUAGGUGGUCUGCAGCUCUGUGGAACCAUCGGGGGAUCCCUGUCUCACAGCCUGUGUUUCUGAAUGGCAAGUCACAGAGGACUCAGCUUGUUUCCAACCUGACAGGGUUACCCUUUUCUAGAAACUCUAGGAAUUUGGCAGGGCAUUUGACAGUCUCUCAGGGGAUCCCCAACCCCCACCCAUGGCUAAUCGAACAAAGACUGCCCAUAAAAGUACACCGUAAAAGGGAAAUUUAGGCUACACUUAAUAGACGUGCUUUGUAUUAUGGAAUCAUAAAGACCUAGAGAGGCAAACAGACCUAAUGAGACCACCGAGCGCCAGUAAAUAAAUCAACCAUUCUGCAGGGCACAGAAGCCUCAUGUGCUGAUUCUCUGAGCCCUCUUUAGAGAACAGUAGUCAGUUGUCAGACUUUUACCCUGCCGUGUUAAUCCCCGAUGCUAAUGACUGUUGCUGCUCAGGCGUGUGAUGGGUCUGAGGACGUGGGUAGGAGCUCGCUUUCCAUUUUGCUCACAUGAACGGACUGCCUGUUCCUGGCGGCGGAGUGCAUUUUGCACUCAUGUUUGUACAAGUGAGCUGCCCUCCCUCUCUGACCGCGUUAGCCUGAGUGUGAGCUGCCUGGGGCCCAAUCACACCUGCCUGACCCCAGCUUCCCCUCCCAGGGGUGCUGCUGGGUGCUGCCGCCCCCACCCGGACUACGGCAGAGCCCUCGUCUCGGGCGCCGCUCCUGACACGGUGUCCCGCCGGCGGAUGACAGGUAGAGGGCAGUAGCGCGCUCCGGGUCGGGAGUCCGUCAUCCAGAAACCCACUGCAGGUCCGCUGCGGAGAGGGCCGGGGCCAGGUGGGCUGGAGGCGAGGGCAGCCCGGUACAGGGGGGGAUCACUCUGCAAGAGGAAGAGAAAGAGGAGACGUGGAGAAGUCGCGCAGAGCACACGGCGUAUUGGACUCUGCACACUGGUCUGGGCCCCAGUGUGCCUGGCGCGUGGUUUCUGCGAGUGGAGCCCAGACGUCAGGUGUAGCCGUGCAGGAGGCUGGCAGAUGGGCUGGAGGAGCAAGGAGGCACCGCGGUUGGAGGUGUCGAAAGAGGGUUUGAAAAGAAAGCCCGGCGGGCCUGGAAUGGUGGGGAGGCAUGAGGAGGCUGACAUCAUGAAAGGCAGGGACGGCUUCAGGGCACUCUCAAGGCCAUCAGAGAAUGGUGCCGAAGUGAGCACGCACAACAGCUGGAGGGGGCGGCCGUGCGGAGGGUCGGAGAGAAGGCCCUCCGGUCAGCGGUAGAGGGACAUGACUGCAAGUUGUCCACGUUCUUGGAGUUUUGAACAAAGAAUUGGACAAACCGCCCAGCAAAGCAAAGAGAGUGAAGCAACAAAAGAACAAAACCAGGGAUUUAUUGAAGACGAAAGUACCCUCCGCAGUGUUGGGGCAGACCUGAGCAGCGGCUCAGGGGCCCAGACAUAGAAUCUUCUUGGGUCCAAAUACCCCCUAGAGGUUUCUCAUUGGCCACUUCAUGAUCACCUUAUGUGAAUGAAGUGGUGGCCUGCAAUCAGGCUGAUUGGUUGCAGAAAGCAGCCGACCAGAGGCUGAACUGAAGUUACAAACGUUGCGCUCCUGUGCAAAUAUCUGAUUGGUUGCAAAAAGCAAAUAUCUGAUUGCUUGCAAAAGGCAACCAAUCAGAAGCUAGGAGAAAGUUACAAAGUUUUAUUUCUUUGCAAAUGAAGACUCCGCCGGCAAUCAGUCUCAUUGGUUGUGGACAACAGCCAUUCAGAGGCUGGAGUGAAGUUGCAAAGUUGCAAAGGAAGACACGUGCAAUCAGUCUGAUUAGUUGUAGACAGCCAAUUUUCCAUCUGCUGUGCAGAAAAUGUCAAAGGGAGUAGCCUUUGGUCCUCUUGUUACUUAGGCGUGGAAAGUGAGGGUUUUCCUUUCUAUUUAGUUGUAGGAAGUCAGCGUGAAACAGCCUUAGGUUCCCUGCCUCCACACCCUUUUCUCCUGCCUCACUUCCCACAUCGUUCCACUGUCAGGAAUAACCGGCUCUGGGGGUAAGGUGGACCUCCAGGUGAAGAUGAAGGUAGAAAGGGAGGAGAGGCUGAGAGGCUGACCUGCCACUGGGACCCAGGGCCAAAGCCCUUUGUGAUUGAGGGUAAGUGACCACAGAUCAGCAGGGGAUGACUGAGAGACGCGCUGGAGCAGGACCGUGGCCCUGAACAACACAUCAGCCAUGCCCAGAGAUGCCACGCUUAGAGGUUAACAUGCAGUACACAGAGCUGCGUGGCCUUAAGUUACUUAACUUCUCCGGCUUCAGUUUCCUCAUCCGUAAAAUGGUUACCUAAAGUCAUGGUAUCCAGUAAUAGUACCUACAAAAGACUGAGAGGAUGAGGGAAGGGAGGGAGCUCCCAGCUGUGUGGGGAGGAGCAUACAGGCGGGGGUAACCCACCAUAUGGCAUUACAGGGAUUGGUGUCUAUUUCUGUCCUCCCUCCAGUCUCUAGCCUCGUGGUUCUCAGGCAUAGGUAUGCAUCAGAAUGACCCAGAUGCAUUAAAAAAACACUGCCAGGCCCCAGCCCCCAGAGCUUCUGAUUCAGUGGGGCUGAGGUAAGGCGCAGUAAUUUGCAUUGCUCGCUAAGCCCAGGUGCUGCUGCUCCUGCUGCUGCUGCUGGUUCUGGGACUGCACUGUGGGCACCACUGCUCUGGAGUCUCUACAGCCCCAGCAGGGACUCUUGUUGAGGAAUGACGGGCACAUAGUGGGAACCAGGCCUCGGACGAGUAACACUAAGACCAACAAAUUUCCAGAUACAGCACAAGAAGAGGUAGUGCUGAAUGAAAAGGCGAUCACUCCAGCAGAGCCUUAAAGUCUUAGUGGUUUAUGAAGGAAGUUAGAAUUGCACCUGGGGAGCAAGUGCUGAGGUUAACGGCAGUGCAAUCCCGCAUCCGUUUUAUUGGCACUGUUGUCAGAGGCAGAAUGCUGGGCUGGAGGGGUGGCUCUAGCAAUGUUUUGAACUUGACAAUGCCCAUUUGUUGGGCAUGGUUCCAGUGGGAUGCUGUAUUGUGCAUCUAGAGAAUGUAUUUGUCCUGGAAGAGUUCACUUUGUCCACUGCCCUCGAGCCUUUAUCCAAGGCUAAACCCGCAUUCUGUACUCACAUUUGGAAUUGGUCCAGGAUUUUUAUACCUGUGUGAAUUUGGAGAAACUCUCCUAGACACCCAUUUGGAAAUGAAUUCAUGUUUUUUUCAGACAGUGAGUCCUCCAUGCUUGCUGUUCCAAUGGCCCUCCAGGUUUGGGCCCCGCACCUGCCAGGAGAAGUGUUCCUUCUGUAGCUCCACCUGACCACAGCCAGCCCAAGCCCCACGCAGAACCCGGGCCUGCCAACAAGCCUGUGACUGGUGUUAUCUGUUAGGCAUCAAGCAUUAACUUGGCACAGGAGCAGCCCUGGCUCAGCUGGAGGCACCCACAGUGUGUAGGCGCUCCAGGAGCAGAGGCACCCCCGAAAUGCAGGCUGUGUUUGCUGCAGAGAUACCAUGGCCCAUAACUCCCCAAGUGAAGGUGAGCAGCUCUGCUGUCCAGGCAAUUAAGUCAAGAAAGAGAACCGGCCCAGCUAAUGGCUCGGAUUAAAGCUAAAUGAAUUCCGCUCAAAUGAAAGGGAUACUGACCCUUCUCCCUCUGGCCUCAUUAUCUUAAUUAACAGUGCUUGGCAGGAGUCUUGAGGCCUGCAUUGAUUGUGCUGUUUCUGUUUUUCCCCCUCAAAGCCCUAGAUACACGUUAAAUCAGCCUUAAUAAUGAAAUCCCAAUACUCAACAGCCCUCAGAUUUUCUCACCAGCCCUUCUUCCUCUAAGAGAAUCACCUGAUUUCUGAGCUGGAGGGGGUCCAUUAGGCCAGCACUUCUCAAAGCAUGGCCUGAGACCACGAGCAUCAAAGUGACUGGGAUACGGCUCUAACAUGCACUUUCCAAGCCUCAGAGUCCUGUGGAACUGGAAUAUUGAUGCUCUUCUGCCCUUUUUCGGUUAGUUUAUCACCAUGAUGAGUAUUUGAUAUUAUUGGAUGCUGUGGGAUGUCAGUGAUGAAUGUGAAAUUGAGGAUGGCAGAGGCAGAGCAGAGCACCUCCCAUGGCACCUGUGAAAGCCUGUCCCAAACCUUGCAGGAUCAUGGGAGACCACCUGGACCUUCUCCUAAGAGUGGUGCUUGUGGCCAGUCGUGUGUUUGGAAUUCCUUCCUGCUCCUUUGAUGGUCGGAUAGCCUUAUAUCGUUUCUGCAACCUCACCCAGGUCCCCCAGGUCCUCAACACCACUGAGAGGCUCCUGCUGAGCUUCAACUAUAUCAGGACAGUCACUGCUUCAUCAUUCCCCUUCCUGGAGCAGCUGCAGCUGCUAGAGCUCGGGAGCCAGUAUACCCCCUUGACCAUUGACAAGGAGGCCUUCAGAAACCUGCCCAACCUUAGAAUCUUGGACCUGGGAGAUAGUCAGAUAAACUUCUUGCACCCAGAUGCUUUUCAGGGACUGUUCCAUCUGUUUGAACUUAGACUGUUUUUCUGUGGUCUCUCUGAUGCUAUAUUAAAAGAUGGUUAUUUCAGAAAUUUAAAGUCUUUAACUCACUUGGAUCUAUCCAAAAAUCAGAUUCGUAGCCUUUACCUCCAUCCGUCAUUUGGGGAGUUGAAGUCCUUAAAGUCCAUAGAUUUUUCCUCUAACCAAAUAUUCCUUGUAUGUGAACAUGAGCUCAAGCCCCUCCAAGGGAAAACGCUCUCCUUUCUUAGCCUCGCGGCUAAUAACUUGUACAGCAGAGUCUCAGUGGACUGGGGAAAAUGUAUGAACCCAUUCAGAAACAUGGUGCUGGAGACUCUAGAUGUUUCUGGAAAUGGCUGGACAGUGGACAUCACAGGAAACUUCAGCAAUGCCAUCAGCGGAAGUGAGGCCUUCUCUCUGACUCUUGCCUACCACACCAUGGGUGCCUCAUUUGGCUUCCAUAACAUCAAAGAUCCUGACCAGAACACAUUUGCUGGCCUGGCCAGAUGUUCCGUGAAACUCCUGGAUCUUUCACAUGGGUUUAUCUUCUCCCUGAACUCCAGAGUCUUUGAGAGACUCAGGGAUUUGAAGGUUCUGAACCUUGCCUACAACAAGAUAAAUAAGAUUGCAGAUGAAGCAUUUUACGGACUUGACAACCUCCAAGUUCUCAAUUUGUCAUAUAACCUUAUAGGGGAACUUUACAAUUGGAAUUUCUAUGGAUUACCUAAGAUAACCAACAUUGAUUUGCAAAAGAAUCACAUUGGAAUAAUUCAGGACCAAACAUUCAAAUUCCUGGAAAAAUUACAGACCUUGGAUCUCCGAGACAAUGCUCUUACAACCAUUUAUUUUAUUCCAAGCAUACCUAAUAUCUUCUUGGGCGGCAAUAAACUAGCAGCUUUGCCAAAGAUCAACCUUACAGCCAACUUCAUCCACUUAUCGGAAAACAGGCUAGAAAAUCUAGAUAUUCUCUACUUUCUCCUACAGGUCCCUCAUCUCCAGAUUCUCAUUUUAAAUCAAAACCGCUUAUCCUCUUGUAAUGGAGGUCAAACCCCUGCAGAGAAUCCCAGCUUAGAACAGCUUUUCCUUGGAGAAAAUAUGUUGCAACUUGCCUGGGAAACUGAGCUCUGUUGGGAUGUUUUUGAGGGACUUUCUCAUCUUCAAGUUCUGUAUUUGAAUAAUAAUUAUCUUAAUUUCCUUCCACCAGGAAUAUUUAGCCAUCUGACUGCAUUAAGGGGACUAAGCCUCAACUCCAACAGGCUGACAGUUCUUUCUCACAAUGAUUUACCUGCUAAUUUAGAGAUCCUGGACAUAUCCAGAAACCAGCUCCUAGCUCCCGAUCCUAAUUUAUUUGUAUCACUUAAUAUCUUGGAUAUAACUCAUAACAAGUUCAUUUGUGAAUGUGAACUUAGCACUUUUAUCAAUUGGCUUAAUCAUACCAAUGUCACUAUAGCUGGACCUCCUGCGGACAUAUAUUGCGUGUACCCUGAUUCGUUCUCUGGGGUUUCCCUCCUCUCUCUUUCCACGAAAGAUUGUGAUGAAGAGGAAAUCUUAAAGUCCCUCAAGUUCUCCCUUUUCAUAGGAUGCACUGUCACUCUGACUCUGAUCCUCAUGGCCAGCCUCAUCGUCACCAAGUUCCGGGGCUUUUGUUUUAUCUGUUAUAAGACGGCCCAGAAACUGGUAUUCGAGGACCAUCCCCAGAGACCCGAUACGUACAAAUAUGAUGCCUAUUUGUGCUUCAGCAGCAAAGACUUCGAGUGGGUGCAGAAUGCUUUGCUCAAACACCUGGACACUCAAUACAGUGACCAAAACAGAUUUAACCUGUGCUUUGAAGAAAGAGACUUUGUCCCAGGAGAAAACCACAUUGCCAACAUCCUGGAUGCCAUCUGGAACAGUAGAAAGAUUGUUUGUCUUGUGAGCAGACACUUCCUUAGAGAUGGCUGGUGCCUUGAAGCCUUCAGUUAUGCCCAGGGCAGGUGCUUAUCUGACCUUAACGGUGCUCUCAUCAUGGUGGUGGUUGGGUCCUUGUCCCAGUACCAGUUGAUGAAACAUCAAUCCAUUAGAGGCUUUGUACAGAAACAGCAGUACUUGAGGUGGCCUGAGGAUCUCCAGGAUAUUGACUGGUUUCUUCAUAAACUCUCUCAACAGAUACUAAAGAAAGAAAAAGAAAAGAAGAAAGACAAUAACAUUUUGUUGCAAACUGUAGCAACCAUCUCCUAAUCAAAGGAGCAAUUUCCGACUUACCUCAAGCCACAAGCCCAGCAGCUGGAAUUCUUUUUGGGGCCAUUUUCCCAAGUCUUCAUCCUGUCACAAGAGUUGCUGCGCCUAUGACAAAAGGAAGACCCAACGGAGCCACAUUGGGAAGUGGGCACUGGGGAGUCUGCUGAGAAGCUGGUUGCUAAGUGACUGCCCUGCCUUCUGCUGCACAGCCAUUUGAAGCCAGGCCUCAGGAAAUAAAUUCCACAUAACAUGCUCUGGGGUCAUGUCAAAAUAGUGGGAAACUGCCAAAGUUAAGUCUCAGAAUGGCUAGAGCUUUCUGUAGUUGAAACUGAGACUAUUCUGGAAAGAUCUAGAAUAUUGACUAGGGCUGCUGAAAACUUCAAAGAGAAUCUCACUCAUGCCAAAUACAAAUGACUCUGCAAAUUCCUUGCCAACCACAUGCACUUGCAGUGAAUGAUGUUUCAGAGAGUCUUGAUAUUAUGUAAAACAAAUGUGGUUUGAAGUUUUAAAUCAUGAAAGAACCACAUUAAGAGGACAAGAGACUGUGGAGUAAAAGUUUCAUAUAGUUAAAUGCUCAUGUACCACAAUAUCAUGGAUAAAUGUGUCUACAAUAUUAAAUCAAGAAAUCGCAUUCUAAAUGUAUAAAUUGAGAAGUAUGAAAACGCCAGAAGAAAUAACCACAUGAAUUAAUGAUGAUUGCCUGAGGGAGUUCUGCCCAGUUCUUCCAUUGGGAGCAUCUAGGAAAGCUGGAGAAACUAUUUAAAGACACUAGAAAGCUGAGUAAAUAGGACCAAGAGGCAAGAGAAGAAAGAAAUCAAGAAAGAUGACUACAUUGCAAUUAAGACCAUCUAUUCACCAAAAAAAGGCCAUCCGUAAAUGAAAAGGGAAACCUUAGCAUGGAGGGAGAUAUUUGUAAUACACGUAUCCAAAAAGGACUCACAGGCAAAACCUAAAAGAACUUCUACGAAUCAAUAAGAAAAAGACCACAGAAAAGAACAAUGGACAUGACACUUAAGAAUUUCGCAAAAGGAUAUCCAAUAUCCAAUAAUGAAAUGAAAAGAUACUCAACCUCCUUUAGUCAUCAGAGACAUGCAAAUUGAGACCACGUUGCAAUCCCACUACUCACCCACCAGAAUGGCCAAAAUUCAGAUGACCGACAGUACCAAGUAUUGCAAGGCUGUGGAGCAACUGAAACUCUCCUGCGUGAUUGGUGAGAAGGUAAAUUGGCGUACUGUAAAGCAGGGGUCCCCAACCCCGGGGCCACUGAGGAAGUGGGUCACACAGCAGGAGGUGAGCGGCAGGCCAGCAAGCAAAACUUCAUCUGUGUUUGCAGCCACUCCCCAUCACUUGCAUUACUGCCGAGCUCCGCCUCCUGUCAGACCAACUGUGGCGUUAGAUUCUCAUAGGAGCUGGAACGCUAUUGUAAACUUCGUGUAAGAGGGAUCUAGGUUGUUUGCCCCUAAUGAGAAUCUAAUGCCUGAUUAUCCGCCAUUGUCUCCCAUCACCCCCAGAUGGGACCAUUUAGUUGCAGGAAAACCAGCUCAGGGCUCUCACUGAUUCUACGUUGUGGUGAGUUGUAUGAUUAUUUCAUUAUAUGUUGUAAUGUGAUAAUAAUAGAAAUAAAGUGCACA